UUAAUAGCACAGACGGGACGAGAAUAGCAGGGCGUCGCAGGGGGGAAGCGAGUCCCGGCCUGCAUCCAUCUGAAACCCGAGCGGGGCGACUCACAACACUGCAGUGUGAGAGGGAAAUCAACUUCACUGGUUGGCUGAAUGAAUGUUCCAUGUCGGGUAAAAGACUGAAACAAUAAAGCGACGUGAACAGAUACCUGGAGACGGCAGGGGACCAGAGACGUUGGCUCGUUUCAGUUCAACCAGUCUGAGGGAGCCUGGCUCAUUCGGGACUCCUCCUUCUCCAUCAGCCCCCCCCUCCUUUCCCUCUCUCUUCCGCCGCUGCUCCACCGCACAGCCGCAGUCCACGGCAAUGCGCCGUUAACGGGCAAAGCGGCUCCGCGCUCCUUUCUUCUUCUUCUUCUUCUUCUUCCUCCUCCAUCCCCCGCCUCCAGGCAGAGAGGACCAGCAUCCUCCCGCGCGGCGCGCUCCCCUUCCCUCCUCUCCCCGGGCUGCUGUCUCUGUCCGCCGGCGCUGCGCCGUCCUUAUCCAUAAACAUGGAAACGCAAGGCUGCUACUCUUCCACCUAGGCGGGAAGUCUCACCUCGCAGAGUCAAGACGGGGGGCACAAUGAGUGAAGAGCCACCGGUCACCCCCAGCUGGUUGACCCCCGACCCCACAGCAUGGGCCAGUGGAGGCGAGGGGCUGAUGGACAACAGCACCGGCCUGGGGAUGUUUCCGGCAGAGGAUUCCCUCCCGCCCAGCCAACUGCACCUGCUGGUCAACCCCUGGGACAUUGUGCUGUGCUCCUCCGGGACCCUGAUAGCUUGUGAGAAUGCCCUGGUGGUGCUUGUGAUCUGGCAGAACCCGGCGCUCCGGGCCCCCAUGUUCCUGCUGAUCGGCAGCCUGGCGCUGGCCGACCUGCUGGCCGGCCUGGGCCUGGUGCUCCACUUCACCUGUGCCUACCUGCUGCACUCUGACUCGGCCCAGCUGCUCACCGUGGGCCUGGUGGUGGCCUCCUUCUCCGCCUCCGUUUUCAGCCUGCUGGCCAUCACUAUUGACCGGUACCUGUCGCUGUACUAUGCCCUCACCUACAACUCGGAGCGGACGGCGGCCUUCACCUAUACCAUGCUGGUGCUGCUGUGGGGCCUCUCCCUGUGUCUGGGCCUGCUGCCGGUCUCGGGAGUCAACUGCCUGGCAGAGGAGGCCACGUGCAGCGUGGUGCGGCCGCUCACGAAGAACAACAUUGCCGUUCUGUCUGUCUCCUUCCUGCUGCUCUUCGGCCUCAUGCUGCAGCUCUACGUCCAGAUCUGCAAGAUCGUGAUGCGGCAUGCCCAUCAGAUCGCCCUCCAGCACCACUUCCUGGCGGCCACACCCCACUACGUGACGACGCGGAAGGGCGUGUCAACGUUAGCCAUCAUUCUGGGCACUUUUGCCGCCUGCUGGAUGCCAUUCACAGUCUACUCCCUCAUUGCGGACUACACUUACCCUCCACUCUACACCUAUGCCACACUGGUGCCUGCCACCUACAACUCCGUCAUCAACCCGCUCAUUUACGCCUUCCGGAACCAGGAGAUCCAGAAGGCUCUGUGGCUGGUGUGCUGUGGCUGCGUGCCUGCCAGUGUGGCCCAGCGCGCCAGGACCCCCAGUGACGUCUGACGAAGCAGACCCAGGAGGGAAGAGAGAGGCGCCCUGGGUCAGCUCUGCUCCUCACUGGGUCCGUCCGGUGUCACGGAGAACAGCAGCAGGGGAGGUGGCCGAGGGGCGGGAUGUCACCGGCAGCGGCUCAGUAAGUCGUCCACAGCCCAGCUGCAAGGAUGGCGUCGUUUAUCUCGCUUACAAUCACCAUAGGGCAACGUUUCCCACUGUCUUCCCCUUGUAAAAGACAGCCACUGCACGUGAGGGCUGCACCCCGCCCCCUCCAGGCCGCCCCCUGUGCCACGCCCUUCCGCUGUUCUGCAGAGAGCACUGAGAGCAUCACAUGUUACAGGCAGCAGCUGUACAUAGAAUGUGCGUAUGGUUAACAGCACCAGACCUCUGGUUGACACGUGCUUGUUGCUGUUCAACCGAGGGGUGGGGGGGUGGGGUUAUUAUUAGUUUGCGCCUGUGUGCGUGCGUAAAAGCGCACGGAAGGUAACAAAGCCGUGUGUGGGGGGGGGGGUGCAGCCCGUCUGGAGCAGCAUCCCGGCUCUCUGCCUCUGUUGCUGCUGCACUCUGAACGUGCGUUGAAAGUUAAACAGCCGUGGAGAGCUAAAAAUAGACCCGGCGCUCUCUGAUCCGCGCCCCGCGUCCUCCACCGAUGCGAGGAAGAAAUGAAGCGGCUCCUUCUUCUCCUCCUCGUCCUUCUCGCCUCUUCCAUUUUCUCUGUCUUUCUUUAUAUCUGGAUUGUACCGCUAAUGUGUUUUGGCUGAGCUCGGGUCUGGGAGGCUAGAGAAAGCCCCCCACCUCCACCUCCACCACCAUCACCGUUAACCCCCUCUCCUCCAUUUUUUAUUAGUAUGGAGUCCCGUCGGAUUAUGUAACCACCUUACAUCAAUAAUCUUUCACCUUUUGAAUUAAAUUCGCCCUUUCAUGUCUGCAGGUUGCAAGAAACCCAUUGAAAUAAAGUGAUAUAUUUUAUCUUAUCAUCAUUUUAAAGAGAUAACGCAAAUGUCUCAUAUAUUAUCCCUUAAGGAAAAUCCCUCAGCAGAAUAAAUUAACAGGCCUAUGAUGAAAUGUCUACAAAACCUAUAAACAAAGGCUCACAUAGAAAAGAGUUUAUGUAGGAAGAAAUCUGCAAAAAACUGAAUGUAAUUUAAUUUACACAACAACAACAACAACCACAUAAUAUCUGACCUGCAUGCUCGACCUCGGUGUCAUUUGCAUGUAACGAGCACAGAUCCCCCUUUUUUCCUGCUGAGUUCAGUGUGUUAGGUCACCCACUAGACGCUGGAGGCGAUGUGUCAUGGUACCCUAAUGUCACCACGACCUUUCUCAUUUUGUUAAUGUACAAUGUACCAGUGUACUUGUAUUACACCAGAUUAUCUGUGCCGUCUGCAAAAUGCAGAAUUCUUGUGGUAUUUUCGCUGCAUAGAGUAGCUUUGUGUUCUCCACGAAGUGCUUUGAUCAGACUUUGUGAUCAGUUAUCUGUAAUUUGGAAGAAGCCCAAAUCACCACUCGCCCACCCGCCCGCCCGC